AUGACGAAAAGAAGCGAUCGCGCCGGCAACAGCAGGCUGCUAUCUCUCCCCGACGAGCUCCUCCAAAUCAUUCUCGGCCUCGAAGAUCACCCAUCCGAUCGCUGCAGCGUCGCGCUCUCCUGCUCCCGCCUCCGCCGCCUCUCUCGGCGCACGUCGCACACGCUCCGCCUCGACUACUUCUCGCUUUUGACCUCCCUCGAGCUAAACUCGCGCCGUGCGCGCUCGCGUCUCUCCUACACACGGCAGCCACCACUCCCUCCCGUGCACCUCCUCCCCUCGCUCCAGUCCCUCACGCUCCUCUACGUUCCCUCAGACUCACUCUCCAUUUCCCGCUGCUCCUCCCUCACCUCUCUCACCCUCUGCGCCCCUGAAUCUUCCGAUCUUUCCUCCCUUGCAUUCUCUUCCUCCUCCCUUGUCUCCUCCUCCUCGUCCCGCUCUUCCCGUGCUUCCUUCUCCUCACCUGCCCCCCCCACUCCCCCCUCCCCGCUCGCGUCCUCCCCCCCAUCCUCUCUCCGCACGACUCUCACAUCUCUCACGAUCCACUCCGCCGAUUUGCAGGGCUCCCUGCCUUCCCUCGCCUUCUUCCCCUCCCUCUCCUCCCUCUCCCUCCACUCCUGCACCAUCGACCCAUACGAGCUCCGCUCCCUCUCACACUCCCUCAAUUCCCUCUCCCACCUUACAAUCCACUCCUCCCCACUCAUUUCCUCCGAUUCCCUCGCCCCAAUCCUCCAAGCCAAUCCUUCUCUCUCCUCCCUCUCCCUGCACGGAACAACCUACCGUUUGUUCAGAGCACAGGGAUUCCGUUCUCUCCUCUCUCGCUGCUCCUCCCAGCUCCGCUCCCUCCACCUCGCUGGUCUACCCUGCUUCCGCCCGGGCUUGCUUGCAGACUGCAGGGGUCUGAGCGCGCUGAGUGUGGAAGGGGUGAUCGAGUCUAAGGAGAACCUACUGCCAAACAAUGUGUCUCUGGACUGCCUUGUGGCUAUGCUGGUACACGUGGAGCAGAUGGGGGGUGCGGGAGGAGAGGCAGGAGGGGAAGCAGAAGGGGAGGCAGGAGAGAUGGCAGGAGGGGAGGCAGGAGAGAAGGCAGAAGGAGAGGCAGAGGAGAGUGGAGCGCAAGAGGCAGCGGCGGCCCAGGCGGACAAGAUCGCAGCAGCCACUGACGUAGUCGACCUCUUCAAAGCAGCCGACGAAGCUGCAAAGGCCGCCCGUUACGACGCGCUCUGGGCGACGCGCGUGGUUGGCGAGAACGCAGUUCCUCGGAUUGCCACCAGCCUCGGGAAGAUCAGGUCCGGGAUCUCGGCGUGCCGGUCCUUCUCUGCCGCGAUCGGGGCGUCCAAUGCGGCUGUUGAAUGGGAGGAAAAGCUCAUGAGGGCAUUCAAUGCAAAUGCUGCUGCUGAUUCCAAUACAGAUGCUGCUGCUGCUGCUGAUUUGAAUAUAGAUGGCGCUGCUGCUGACUCCAAUAUAGAGACGGCUGCUGGCCAGGUGGCAGGGUUCUUUGCUAUGGAGCUGAAUGUUGGAGAAGAGGAUGGGGAUGGGGAGGCGGAAGGAGAUGACAUCAGGGGCAUGGAUGGCAUGCUGCCUGAUGAUGUCCUGCCUGAGGGUGUGCUGUGUGGGGUGUGGUCCAGUGCGGUGGAGACACGUGAAGAGGGGUUGGGUAGGCAGCGGGAGCUUCUGGAGGAACUGGAGGAGCAGUUUGCUGCCAUGUCCGCCAGCUUCCAGUCGUUGCGUCAACUUAACAGAGCUCUGAGAGCCACGCUGGCGCGACCACGGCAGGAGGAGAUGGGGAAGCAGCGGCAGGAGGAGAUGGGGAAGCAGCGGCAGGAGGAGAUGGGGAAGCAGCGGCAGGAGGAGAUGGGGAAGCAGCGGCAGGAGGAGAUGGGGAAGCAGCGGCAGGAGGAGAUGGGGAAGCAGCGGCAGGAGGAGAUGGGGAAGCAGCGGCAGGAGGAGAUGGGGAAGCAGCGGCAGGAGGAGAUGGGGAAGCAGCGGCAGGAGGAGAUGGGGAAGCAGCGGCAGGAGGAGAUGGGGAAGCAGCGGCAGGAGGAGAUGGGGAAGCAGCGGCAGGAGGAGAUGGGGAAGCAGCGGCAGGAGGAGAUGGGGAAGCAGCGGCAGGAGGAGAUGGGGAAGCAGCGGCAGGAGGAGAUGGGGAAGCAGCGGCAGGAGGAGAUGGGGAAGCAGCGGCAGGAGGAGAUGGGGAAGCAGCGGCAGGAGGAGAUGGGGAAGCAGCGGCAGGAGGAGAUGGGGAAGCAGCGGCAGGAGGAGAUGGGGAAGCAGCGGCAGGAGGAGAUGGGGAAGCAGCGGCAGGAGGAGAUGGGGAAGCAGCGGCAGGAGGAGAUGGGGAAGCAGCGGCAGGAGGAGAUGGGGAAGCAGCGGCAGGAGGAGAUGGGGAAGCAGCGGCAGGAGGAGAUGGGGAAGCAGCGGCAGGAGGAGAUGGGGAAGCAGCGGCAGGAGGAGAUGGGGAAGCAGCGGCAGGAGGAGAUGGGGAAGCAGCGGCAGGAGGAGAUGGGGAAGCAGCGGCAGGAGGAGAUGGGGAAGCAGCGGCAGGAGGAGAUGGGGAAGCAGCGGCAGGAGGAGAUGGGGAAGCAGCGGCAGGAGGAGAUGGGGAAGCAGCGGCAGGAGGAGAUGGGGAAGCAGCGGCAGGAGGAGAUGGGGAAGCAGCGGCAGGAGGAGAUGGGGAAGCAGCGGCAGGAGGAGAUGGGGAAGCAGCGGCAGGAGGAGAUGGGGAAGCAGCGGCAGGAGGAGAUGGGGAAGCAGCGGCAGGAGGAGAUGGGGAAGCAGCGGCAGGAGGAGAUGGAGCAGCAGCAGCAGCGCAUGGAGGGACAAUAG